AUGGGUGCCAAGGUGGCCAUGACCUAUGUGAUUCUGUGCUCGGUCUCCGCAUUGGGUCAGUUCAUCUCUCUCUUCUGUCGGUGGCAUAUGGUGAGCAUUGGUGGCGGUUUCAUCCUCACGAUGUACACCACCCUCUUCACGACGCGUUUCGACCAUGGAGUCACUACACUUUGCACGCUCAUGACCAAAUGGGAGAAGUGCCGCGACAUAAAGAAAGGCAUGUGGCUUCAAGAUGUUCAAUCCCAAACGUGCAUGCCAGCCCUGACCGCGCUGUCCAACGUGCCAUGCCAUGCUUUCAAGACUGCCUACAUCAUGGGGAUGAUCAGUGUGCUCGCCUUUGUGUUCAACUGGAUCCUGAUGCUUGCAAGCUGCGGCAUGUUGUGGCAGUACCUGCGUGGGAAGCACAAGCCAGAGUACCGCAACAUUUCCUUCUACUUGAUCAUCGCCGGCGCGAUCUUGCUUUUCAUCGCCGUGAUGUGUUGGAGUUUCAUGGCACUUCCCGCUCUCGACGAAGUGUCUCACCUCUUCACCUUCAUCGGGCAACCGCCCGCUGGGGCAAGCUAUGGUUACUUUUGGAUGUGGUUCAGCUUCAUUUUCGAGCUGGUGGCCAUCGCUUUGCAUGCCUGGAUGCCUUUGAACAACGAAAUGACUGAGGACGGCGGCCAGCUCGGUCACUCGGUGCACCUCAACGAGCAAGCCAUCGAACUGCUUGAGAAACCAUCGUCGCCUAAAUGGUGCACACACUGCCGGCAUAAUGAGUUCGAUGGAUUUCGAUGA